CACCACGGGGCAGGGCAGGCCCGGGCGACGCGGGCGGAGAGGAGGAGACACCAGCCCCCCCGCCGCGGAACGAAGGCGCCACCACCGGCCGGAGGAGCAACCCCCGACUCGACCCGACCCCGAAGCGACGGCGGCUGCGUCUCGAUUCGGCUCCGCUGCUCCCCCCCCCCCCACACCCUCCCCUCGGCCGAACCCGGGGGGGACCGUCCCGAUCGAUUCGCCUCGGCCAUGUCGUCCAAGAGGGUUCUUUGCAAGUUCUUCAUGCAUGGAGCUUGCUUGAAAGGAGAGUACUGUGAGUUCUCCCAUGAUUGGAAUGAUCAACCAAACAAUGUUUGCACUUUCUACCAGAAGGGUGCAUGCUCGUAUGGUAGCCGCUGCAGAUAUGACCAUGUCAAAGUUUCUCGUAACCCGACAGUGCCUCCACCACAGAGCUCAAGUACCACAACACGUGCAUCUAGUUCUGUUCAGCCUUUGAGUUUUGCACGUCCUCAUCAUGUGGGAUACCAAGUAGACUCAAGCAAUCCAAGGCAACAGAUGUCUAUGGAUGUGUUGGCACAUUCUGGGAGUAAGCCUAUAUGGAGAAAUGAUUUCCAACAUGAAAGCAUACUUGAGGAUGGGAUUGACUGGUCAUCAAAUCGAAUUGUGCAAAACCAGACGACCUUGAGUGCUGCUGAUCUUCCAAUCUGUUCUUUUGCUGCUGCUGGUAAUUGUCCUUACGGUGAAGAGUGCCCUCAGAUGCAUGGAGAUCUGUGCACAACCUGUGGGAAAAUGUGCUUGCAUCCUUAUCGUCCUGAUGAGAGGGAGGAACAUAUCAAGCUAUGUGAGAAAAACCACAAGCGUCUUGACUCUUUGAAACGUAGCCAAGAGAUAGAAUGCAGCGUCUGCCUGGACCGUGUGCUCUCAAAGCCUACUGCUGCUGAAAGGAAGUUUGGACUCUUAUCUGAGUGUGAUCAUCCAUUCUGUAUAUCAUGUAUUAGAAAUUGGCGUAACAAUUCUCCAACAUCUGGUAUGGAUGUGAACUCAGCACUGAGGGCUUGUCCAAUAUGUCGCAAACUUUCAUACUAUGUCAUUCCAAGUGUUCUUUGGUACUUUUCGAAGGAGGAAAAGCUGGAGAUCAUUGAGAACUACAAAGUCAAGCUCAAGUCUAUUGACUGCAAGUACUUUGAUUUUGGAACUGGUACAUGUCCAUUUGGGUCAAGCUGCUUCUACAAGCAUGCCUACAGAGACGGCCGGUUGGAAGAGGUCGUACUGCGACAUCUUGAUGCUGAUGAUGGGAGCACAGUGAUUUCCAAAAAUAUUAGGUUGUCAGACUUCCUCAGUCGGUUGCGUCUUUAGGGACCAGUGAUUGUAUAUAUGUCAAAUAAUUAUUGAAGUUCACAGCAGGCCUCCUGGAGGAAGCAACGGUGACCUGGGGAUAACAAAAAAAGAAAAGAAAAUGUUCUGUCGCAAAUAUGCUCAAUAGUCCAAACAUUAGAACUAAGCUGAAAAACUUUGCCAUAUCCACUUAUCUUGCUUCCUGGCCAGCAGUGAUUCAGUAGAACUUCACUGGCCAUCGUGCCAAAGCACAGGUGUAUAAUACUAUGCCUGCCUCAAUGCUCUCUCUAUUGAGGAGAGGCUUCCUGCACCCAACCACAGGCCACUUGAUGCCGUGUGAUUGUACUUGUAUGAAAAGAAGGGAGAAAAAAAAAUGAAAGAAAGGAUGAAACAAAGGAUACUCUUCAUACUGAACAUUGAUGAACCCAUUAAAA